AUGCCGGCGGUGUGGGUCACAGUUGGAGAUGUUGCCCCAUGUGCUCUGUCACUGCAGCCACUACGCGGCUGCUCGGCAGUUGCGCCACAACGUGAUUGCCGAGAGGUUUGCCGCGGCCUCCCUGGAGAAACGCGAAUUAAUCAAUGCGUUCCGAGCUUCGGCAAAGGACUGCGGGAUUUGCGUUCUGAUACGCAAGUUGUGACGCAUGAGCCGUCCAGGACCGUCGCCGUGAUCGAUGUUACCGUGUCAUUCGAGAAUAAGUUCGAUUCGCUCGAAAGUGCAGGAAUAGAAGAGACUCGUAUAUAUCAACAACUUGUGGAGUGUUUGAGGAAGCGCGGAUACAUCGACGUUUACGUCGACAGCUUCGUCUUAGGCGCCCUGGGCGCCUAG